AUGCUGUCCGAGAGAAAACGUUUAGAGCGAUUGGAAAAAUCCGUGGAGGAGAUACGGAUCGGUCUCCAAAAAUUGCUCGAACAAAGUCAAGGACGACGCCAACAUAAGAGCCGAAGGGACCGCCGGCCAAAACCAACAUCGCCGCCACCAUCGGAUGUGUUGUCCAAAGGGAAAGGCAACCGCAAUAGUUACGCCUGUAAUACAGGCUUACGCAUCAGGCCUUCCGGUCAAGAGGGUCGUGGCCCGAAAUUCGUCGAGGAAGCUGAACCAAUUAUUAAGAGUCAAGCGCAACUAUUUUUCAUGUCUGUAGAUAGCCAUGAUGAUGAAAUUUUGACAUCAAUUGCUGAAUUGAUGCAAACCGCUGAGGAUUGGGAUCAUGUGCAAACUGAAUCAAAAGCUUGUGGUGUUGUGGUUGAGAUUUUGGACAAGAAUAUUCAGAAUCAUGAUUCGAAGGUUACAGAAAUAAGAAGGGAAAUUCUUGACAUAAAUCAUUCUUCUAAAUCUCAGAUGCAUCAAAAUAGUAUGCAACAAGAAAGUGAGGAUGAAGAUCAACAAGAAAGUGAGGAUGAAGAGACGCAAAAAUUGAAUAAUAUGGAACUUGCAAAUAUUAUUCUAGUUGGUAAUAGAAAUUCACAAUCAUGGCAGCAUGGGCGGCAAAAUUAUUUUGCGUUUAUGGCCACUGAAG